CCUCUGUGGCUUUCAGUUUCCUCACCUCCCGCGGAGACCACGGCCAUGGUCAUUUAUCCACUUGACAAACAUUUCACGAGCGCCUGCCGGUCCGAGCGAUGAGGACACCGCACUCCCGGGCCUAUGGUGCAGCAGGGGACCCAGGCGGCUCACCAGGAGGUCCCGAGACACAAGGAGCCCUGCCAGGCCAGAGGCGACCAACCGUCGUGGAUACGGGAGCUCUCGGCCAGCCCGCCUUCCCGGAGGAGGCGGUGUGGGGACCACCGCCUUUUGUGCCCCCUGAGACCUGGCUCUGGCCUCUACGUUUCAGCCCGCUAUGGGCUCGCAUGACCCAGCGCCACCGGGGUCCCUUCUCAGCGCCUUUGCUCCAGCGACCAUCACUUUCCCGGGUCCGCGCAGCCAGCAUCGUGGUCACCGUUUCUCUCACACCUCAGGCGGAGAACCCCCAACGCGGCGUGUCCCUCGUGCGACCCCGUCGCCACGCCACGCCCCCUUCCCGUUCUCCGGAAGUGCGCGGGUAGGAGCGGAAGCGCACGCCCGCUAGGGUUGGCGGUGGUGAUUCCGCGAUGGUAGGCGGCGGCGGGGUCGGCGGCGGGGUCGGCGGCGGCGGCCUCCUGGAGAAUGCCAACCCUCUCAUCUACCAGCGCUCUGGGGAGCGGCCUGUGACGGCGGGCGAGGAGGACGAGCAGGUUCCCGACAGCAUCGAUGCACGCGAGAUCUUCGAUCUGAUUCGCUCCAUCAAUGACCCGGAGCAUCCACUGACGCUAGAGGAGUUGAAUGUAGUAGAGCAGGUGCGGGUUCAGGUUAGCGACCCCGAGAGUACAGUGGCUGUGGCCUUCACACCAACCAUUCCGCACUGCAGCAUGGCCACCCUUAUUGGCCUGUCCAUCAAGGUCAAGCUUCUGCGCUCUCUUCCUCAGCGUUUCAAGAUGGACGUGCACAUUACUCCGGGGACCCAUGCCUCAGAGCAUGCAGGACCAGAGUGUGUCAGACUUCAGCAGCGUGGGAGGCAGCCAGGGGGAGGGAUCCUAAGAAGGCAGGCUAGUGAACAAGCAACUUGCAGAUAAGGAGCGGGUGGCAGCUGCCUUGGAGAACACCCACCUCCUGGAGGUUGUGAAUCAGUGCCUGUCAGCCCGCCCCUGAGCCUGGCCUUUGGCCCCUCAACCUGCAUACUGGUGUCCUGGUCCCAGCUCCUGCCAGGGCUCUUACCCUUGUUUUCUUGAAUCACUCACAAUGAGAAACUAACAUUUUGCUUUUUGUAAUAAAGUUAAUUUAUAUUCAGUUC